GGUUAUAAUUACAGCCCUAGCUAGAUAGGGACAACGCCCACCCAUUGAUAUUUCUCGUUGCUACUCGGCCUGUCGUCCGAUGCGGCUAUGUCCGCCGUGUCGAAACUUGUUGGAGGGAAAGUAAUCUCGUAUAACCCCGAUAAAAAGGAGUUUUGCAAAACUCAAACGUCAUGCUUCGCAGGAAGUGGAAGGGUCCUGGGACUUUAUUUCUCAGCUCACUGGUGUCCUCCUUGCCGGGCCUUUACUCCACAACUAGCUCAGUGGUAUAGUAAGGUAAAGAAGAGCAGCAACGGAGAAAAGUUCGACAUUGUUUUUCUUAGCUCUGAUCGAGAUGAAGCCCAAUUUAACGAAUACUUUCAACUCAUGCCCUGGUAUGCAGUGCCUUAUGAAGAUCGGGAAUUGAAGAACGAAGCUUCCAAAAGAUUCAAAGUGACUGGGAUUCCUACUUUGGUUUUUAUUAAUGCUGAAAAUGGAGCUCUUAUCACUACUGAUGGUCGCAGUGUAGUAAUGGAUGACCCAGAUGGUAAAGAUUUUCCGUGGACUCCAAAACCAGUAUUAGAAUUGUUAAGUGGUGUGCUUAAAGCUCCAGAGAAAGAUACAACAUGGGAAGAAGUCCACAAGGACAUUGAAUAUGUAGGAAUCUACUUCUCUGCUCACUGGUGUGGCCCGUGUCGCGCCUUUACCCCUCAGCUUCUGGGAACAUAUCAGAAAGUGAAAGAUGCAGGAAAGAAGUUUGAAAUUAUAUUUUGUAGCUCUGAUAGAGAGGAGGAUGCCUACAAAGAAUACUAUGCGACUAUGCCAUGGCUUGCUCUGCCUUUUGGUGACAAUAGGAAAAAAUCCCUAUCCAGAGUAUUUGAUGUCACUGGUAAGCAGUUUUACACCCAAACUGUGUAUUAAGUGCAUACAAACUAGUCUAGCAAGCAACAGCAAGUAGCAAUAAGAAUUGUAAGUGCAGGAAUAUAUACAAGUAUAUGUACGUUACUAAGAUGCCCUACAUACCUUCAAUGUCUAUAGUUGCCUUGCCUUGUUGUGGCGUACGCCAUUGCAAGGAUGGAAACUAUUUCUAUUCUCGCGGGACAAUACAACGUGGCACAACACCGACGGGGCAGUGCAAACCCAACCAAAGGCAUCAAUAUUUCUGCUAUAAGUGGAACAAACAGAUAGAAUGCCCAACCGAUACUCAAACAC